AGCGAUUUUAGGGGAACAGUUGAAGAACAAGAUGGCUGUCCUGGGGCAAGAAAAGUGCCUUUCUCGCUCCACAUAAACACAAGCAUUUUAAUGCGGACGUCAACGUCAUGAAAAUAACUUACUAGGUGACAACUUUAAUUACGUGUUGUGUAAGAACUUCGGCCCUUUUUAAAUGCAUCCUUUUAAGGUUAACGGACAUCGUUUUUGAGACGUAAAUGAAGACGACUGGAUGUAUAACUCAAGGAAACUUUUUUAACGGUUGGUGAGUGGAAACUAACGGGAAAACAGGGACUAACUUAGCAUCGUUUAAGCGUUUAAAUGUCUUUCUUCUUCCUACAAGUGUAAGCUUUUCUUUUAUCUGGCCCUUUUGUAUUUGACUAAAUUUCCCACUGCUUUGAUUUAAGGCGUUUGACUGUUGAGUUUUUCAAGGGAAUAGCCAAACAGUUUAGCCAUUUUUAGCAUUUCUUAGAGGAAUUCGCGUUCUUAGAUCCCGUUGAAGUUUUUCAGAUGCCUCACACAAAGUAAAAUAAAUAUUCAGCACAUUGAACCAUGAGCUCUUCCCGAGUCAGACCGCAGCAGCUACCGCAGACCCAGACUGGCAGGUUGCCUCAUAGACUGGACGCAGGAGAGGGGAUAGAGAUGGAGAACAUCCAGCCUCAAGACCUUGGUCUCGGAGGAGUCAUUGGAACACCGUCUCCUCCAUCCAGACAAGCGUGGAGCCGUGAUAAUCCCGGUUUCGAGCCCGAAGAUGAGAUUAUGGAGGCUGACUGGCCUCCGGCGAGCCCCGGGAGGAGGUCGGUGUCCACGGCCUCCAGCAGCAGCUGCAGCAGCGGCCUGGGAAGUUACACUGGCGGAGGCAGCAGCACCCACAUCACCCGAGGAGGAUUGUACCCCAGCCCGACUGUGGAUGCCCAGCAGCAGGACAGGCAUGAGCACCCCAGCUGUUUGAAGCUAAUACUCCAGAGAAUCAGAGUUCUGUGGGGCACAGAGCUGAUGGAGGACAGUGAAAGCAGCAGAGAAAGAUACCUCAAGAAUGUACUGAGGGAGAUGCUCACGUAUAUCGCAUUCCUCAUCACCCUUUGUAUCUUGACCUAUGGGAUGGUGAGUGCCAACAUGUACUACUAUACCAAAGUGAUGUCUCAGCUUUUCUUGGACACCCCACUGUCUGCUGGUGACCCUUGCACUUUUAGAAGCCUCGCAACUAUGGAGGAUUUCUGGAAGUUCACAGAGGGUCCUUUCCUUAAUGGCAUGUACUGGGAGGUUUGGUACAACAACAAGAGCCUGCCAGAGAACCAGAGCCUAAUCUACUAUGAGAACCUCCUGCUUGGUGUGCCACGGCUUAGGCAAGUCAAAGUUCGCAAUGAAUCCUGCUUCGUCCAUGAGGAUCUGAGAGAUGAGGUUCAGGACUGCUACAACUUGUACACCCCAUCCAACGAGGAUACCGUCUCCUUCGGCCCCAAGAAUGGGACUGCUUGGGUGUAUACAACAGAGAGUGAGAUGAAUGGGAGCAGUUAUUGGGGUCAGGUGUCUAAAUAUGGAGGUGGAGGAUACUACCAGGACUUGUCACGUACCAGAGAGGAGUCAGCGGUCCAACUGCAGUUUCUCAAAGACCAUCUGUGGCUGGACAGAGGCACCAGAGCGGUGUUUGUUGACUUCUCUGUCUACAAUGGGAACAUCAACCUCUUCUGCAUUGCCAGGUUGUUAGUGGAGUUUCCUGCCACUGGUGGCGUGCUGACCUCCUGGAAUUUUCAAACAGUGCGUCUGAUACGCUAUGUGUCCAGCUGGGACUACUUCGUGGGAGUGUGUGAGGUGGCAUUCUGCCUAUUCAUCCUCUACUACGUAGUGGAAGAGGUGCUGGAGAUCCGCAUCCAUCGUCUGCAUUACUUCAAGAGCCUGUGGAACUGUCUAGAUGUUCUCAUUGUUGUGCUGAGUGUUGUUGCUGUAAUCAUGAACAUAACCAGAACAGCAAUGGUUGGAAAUCUCCUCAAAGGCCUGUUGGAGUACCAUGCUACUCACCCCAUAUUUGAACCUUUAGCCAGUCUGCAAGUCCAGUUCAACAAUGUGGCAGCAGUAAUCGUCUUCUUCUCCUGGGUUAAGCUUUUUAAGUUCAUCAAUUUCAAUAAGACCAUGAGUCAGCUCUCAGGCACCAUGUCUCGCUGUGCUAAGGACCUUGUGGGUUUCGCCAUCAUGUUCUUCAUCAUCUUCCUGGCGUACGCUCAGCUGGCCUACUUGGUGUUUGGAACUCAAGUUGACGAUUUCAGCACUUUCCAAGCAAGCAUUUUUACUCAGUUCCGCAUCAUUCUUGGAGACUUUGAGUUCUCAAAAAUUGAAGAGGUGAAUCCUUUGCUUGGACCAAUCUAUUUCAUUACCUUUGUCUUCUUCAUUUUCUUCAUUCUCAUGAACAUGUUCCUGGCAAUCAUCAAUGACACAUACUCUGAGGUGAAGGCUGACAUGUCCCAGCACAGGUCUGAGAUGGAAAUGACUGACCUUAUUAAAAAGGGCUGUAACAAAGCCUUGAUGAAGUUGAGACUGAAGAAGACAGCAGUAGAUGACAUCUCUGAGAGUUUGCGUCAGGCCGGGGGGAAACUGAACUUUGAUGAACUCCGCCAGGAUCUGAAAGGGAAAGGCCACACAGAUGCAGAGAUUCAAGCCAUCUUUGCAAAGUAUGAUCAAGAUGGCGAUCAGGAGCUGACAGAGCAUGAACACCAGCAAAUGAGAGACGACCUAGAAAAAGAGAGAGAGGACUUGGAGCUGGAACGCAAUUCGCUGACUCGACCCAGCAGUGGGCGGAGCUUUCCUCGUACCCAGGAUGACUCUGAGGAAGACGACGACGAGGAUAGUGGCCACAGCUCUCGUAGGCGUGGCAGCAGCUCUGGGGGCGUGUCCUAUGAGGAGUUUCAAGUACUGGUGAGGCGCGUGGACAGGAUGGAGCACUCUAUUGGCAGCAUUGUGUCAAAGAUAGACGCUGUGAUUGUGAAGCUGGAAUCCAUGGAGAGAGCCAAACUCAAGAGGAGAGACGUGCUAGGCCGGCUGUUGGAUGGAGUUAUGGAGGAUGAGCGCCUGGGUCGGGACACGGACGCUCACAGGGAGCAGAUGGAGAUGCUGGUGAGGGAGGAGCUGGAGCGCCUGGAGUCUGACGAUAUGGUGUCACAGGUGAGCCACCCUCAGACAGCCACUCCUGUCGGCCCUCGGCCCCGUCCAUCCUCCUCCUUGUCCGUCGAUGGCCUCGAUGCGAGCACAACCGUGAGCGGCCAUGUGUGAGGGCCUGGCUCACUGAAGAUUAUUCCACUAUGGCAAGAAACACUCUGAUAUUUCCAACAGCAGUUCAAGCAACUGAAGACAAGGGACAUUUUGCUUUUAAGACCAAAAUGAGAUGAAACUGUUCAAGUUUCUUACAUAAUAUAAAGGAGGGAACUUUACUAUAAAUGCCUAAAUGCACUGAACAGGAGCGAGGUUCUAAGAGUUACAUGCCAGAGUAUUCACUAGACUUAGGAAUUUCAAGGAAUAUGAAGGAUUAAUGGUACAGUGUUACGGUGUGUUUUAGACACAGAGUUGUAUAUAAUACACCAGCCUGUAAGCAUACUCAGUUGUACUCAAAUACAGAGUGUAUGGUUUCAGUAUUACAUGAAAAAUGCUCACCUUGCUUUUGAUUUGAUAUUUUCAAAUCUUAAUGUUAUUUACACAAAACAAAAAGGGCUUUUUUAUGAAUGAUUAUUGUGCUGAUUCUUUUUAUUUUUAACACACAGUAGGUACAAGUGUGGCGCGUUCUGUCAUAGUUACUCAUCCUUUGUACAUUGAUUGAGCUUUGGAUUAUUAGCUUAUCAUUUUAUGAUACAUAUUGUAACUUAAAACAAACUUCAGUUUGGAGUGCAUCUAGUGUUCAUGGGAAACCCAUGCAUUUAUUAUUUGUCCUUGUGCCUUACCUUUUUGUACACAAUCUUUUUUUAUCUUUACGACAAAUAAAGUUUUAUUAAGAUAUGG